ACUGUGUGUCGCUCGUUGUUUAUUUUUUGGAUUGGUUAGCUACCGUUUAUCUGCAUUAUUUAUGAAUAUGACUGCAAGAAUUGUAAUAGCAGGUGAAUCACAGUGUAACGUAUUUGCUGAAGUAUGUUUAGUUGCCGAUUACAUUGCACAAAAUCUUCCCAAUUUUUGUUUUGAAAGAAUAGAAAAAGCAGUUAUAGAAUGGGAGCAAUGGCUAUGUAAAAUAAAUCAAAAGAAUAAAUGGCAUCAUAUAGGAUCUCCAAUUGUAUGGAAAGAGUUACUGAUGAAAGGAAGUAAACCCUAUUACAUUGGAGGGGCUUCGGAUUUUUUAGAUUAUUGCCAUUCCUAUUAUCAAUUUGAUCUAUUCCUUUCAACCGAAAAGUUUGAAGGCUUGGUACAUAACUUUUCACAAUACGAGAAGAAAUUAAAGACAGACCAAGAUGUCAUAAGUCGCAGGAUAUCCAAUGCAGAAUUUGUGGAACGACCCCCUAAAAAUAAUUUUAUUGUAACCAUUUCUUGUACUGGGUUUCCUUUGGCUAUGCAUUUAGUAUCAGGCUUGUUGGAUAUGACUGUUGGUGAAAAAAGCAUUUCUAAAAUUUACAUUUAUGAUAGCGAAUGUUCUGAAGCUUUUAUGGAGUUUGUGGAACGCGAAUGUAGCUUCAUUGGCACUAACCAUCCAGGAAAAGUUGUAAAAGUCGUGGAAAAAGUUGGGAUGGCACUUACUCAUACUGAUUUAUUCAUUAUUCUUGAUCAUGCACCAUUAGAUAAUGAUUCUUCGUUGGGAGAUUGGUUAUAUGCUAAUAAACAAAUUAUGGAAGAUCUAGCUCUAGUAAUAAAUGCUUCUGCUUGUCGUAAAAUGUAUGUUCUGUUUCCCAAUCUCGGCCCAGCUUGCUACAAUGCUACUGUCCUUAUGAAUUCAAUUACAAAUAUUUAUAAGAAAAACAUAGUCGUUGCUACUUCCGACCUUGGCUUAGAUAUUUCAGCAUUAGCCGCAGAAAUUGCAGAAGUACCCAUGAGAAACAUGUUUUGCCCUCCAGUAUGGGGAUUUGUGGGAAUUAAUCAAUUAGUAGAUAUCAAGACAACAGUCCAUAAAUAUAACUCUUUUGAACCUUACACUCGAUACACUAAAGUGAAAAACUCUUCGCUAAUAAUUGGCUGUUUGACACCUGAAAUGCGAACUUUGGAAUAUUUGAUGCAUUUUGAUGAAUCUUUGUGGAUCAAAGUAGCAGAGCAAAAGAAUAAACUUUUAGAAGGGCAGAUUCAUUUGAAUAAAGCUACAGCCGUGUUGAAUGUUGUUAAGCUUUGGCUUUUUGAUACAGACCCUCAAAAUAUUACUAGUUUAGGGAUUCUAUGUGAUGGAUCGUUUGGAUUACAGUUCAAGGGUGCAUUUUCACAACCAGCUAGAUUAGUCAAUGGAGUUUGGACACCCGCAAGUGAUUAUUUAUUACCAAAAGACCCUCAAAUAAAGUUACCGUAUUUAGAAGACAUGGCAAAGUAUGUAAUGGAUCUCAAAAAAGGCGAUUUACCAAAAGUAAUUCCAUUCUAUCCGUGCUGUUGUAAACCAAAAUUCUUUAAAAAGAAACAGGUGUGGUAGAGAUUUAUCAUAAAUUCUAUAAUACGUUU